AUGAAGGAGGACAAUCUGAAAUCGAACACUGAUGGAACCACGAAGCGCGAGUCAAGUGGUUCUUCUCGCAUCAAACCGAACGAGCAUCCUCACCCUGCUGUUGGGAAUGGAUCAUACCCGGCCGAGACAAUGAGGUCGUCUCUUGUUUGCAAUGAUGGAAGCUCGAUCUGCACUUCAAACCUCGAGUCAGGUUCGCAAGAACGCCAGUGUCAGUCUGCCGACAUAGCCCAAGCCAACGAUGAAGCGCUCAAGUACAUAGGCGCCUGGAGCGCUGUGCCGGGCUGUGGUGAAGGAGAAGCUGCGGACCGCAAUUCUUCCAGGACCUCCUCAGUAUCAACGUCUACUGGAGCCACGGGUGCCACUACCAGUGAUCAAAAGACGCAGGCUGGGGACGAACAACUUACCCGAGUUCCAUUCUACCUCGAAGCAGUCAUGGACCUGGAUGCUUUGUUCAAGCCAUGA